GGGCUUUCGCUUUCCUCCUCUACUUCUCUUCUUCACUCCCUCAUUUUCCCUCUUUUCUUUUUCUUCCCUUUACAAAUCUCGCUCCCUCCCUCGCUCGCUCGCUCGCUCGCUCACACAAACAAAAACCUCACAAAUACAAAUACAGAUAUCCGAAAUACUGUGAUUAUAAACCACAAUUAAACCUCCGAAUCUGCGGUUGAAAGAGGAAUACAAGUUUAUACGUAUAAGGUUUGUGUUGUAUAGGAAGCGGAGGGUAGGCUAUGAGACUCUGCUGUUGGGGGCUGCAGCGGCCACGGCGGGGCGGUCCAUCCAAUGAGGCGGCGGCGGCGGAAUCAGGUCGUUGAUGGCCGUUCUGCAAAUGACUUGGCAGCCGAGUCUCCUCAGCCACAAACGGAAAUCCAGUCCCCCUGUAGGGCUCAGAAACCUCGGCAACACCUGUUAUCUCAAUUCCGUCCUCCAGUGCCUCACCUACACCCCUCCUCUCGCAAAUUUUUGUCUCAAAUCCCUUCAUUCCUCCUCCUGUGAUGCAACCCCGGAGAAGAAGAGCGAGUGUCCCUUCUGUUUAUUAGAGAAGCGAAUUGCUCGGUCGUUGAGUUUAGAUUUGGCUUUAGACAGCCCGUCUAAGAUUAAUAGCUGUUUGAAGAUUUUUGCACAGCAUUUUAGGAACGGAAGGCAGGAGGAUGCCCAUGAGUUUUUGCGGUAUGUGAUUGACGCCUGUCAUAACACAUGUUUGCGGUUGAAGAAGUUGCAGCAACAGAGGAAGAAGGUUGGGAAUGGGAGUGCUGGUGGUGGGGAUGGAAGUGAGAGCACUGUUGUUAAGGAAAUUUUUGGAGGUGCUUUGCAGAACCAGGUGAAAUGCUUGUCUUGUGGAGCGGAGUCAAAUAAGGUAGAUGAGAUCAUGGAUAUUAGUCUUGAUGUUUUGCACAGUAGCUCUCUGAAAGAUGCUCUGCAGAAAUUCUUUCAGCCAGAGAUUUUAGAUGGUAAUAACAAGUACAAAUGUGAGAAAUGUAAUAAAUUGGUGGCAGCACGGAAGCAGAUGUCAAUACUUCAAGCACCAAAUGUUCUCGUGAUUCAGCUCAAGAGGUUUGAAGGUAUAUUUGGUGGAAAGAUUGACAAGGCUAUUGCUUUUGAGGAAGUUUUAGUGCUUUCAAGCUACAUGUGUAAAGCAAGCCAGGAUCCACAUCCAGAGUACAAGCUCUUUGGUACCAUUGUGCAUUCAGGCUUCUCACCAGAUUCAGGGCAUUAUUAUGCAUACAUUAAGGAUGCAAUGGGCCGUUGGUAUUGCUGUAAUGAUUCUUAUGUCUCGCAUUCAAGCUUGCAAGAUGUUCUUUCAGAGAAGGUUUAUAUCUUGUUCUUCUCUCGUGCUAAACAGAGGCCACCAUCUGCCAAGAAAUGUUUGCCAUCCAAUGGAUUGAAGAAUAAUGAGUCCAAUGGCACCAGUAAAUCUGAAAUCCCCAAAGGGCAUUUAGCAAAACCUGAAAAUAUGAAGCAAUUUUCAGGUCACCAGUCAGAGAUAAAUAACUCAGCUUCUUCUAAAGUUGAUCAAGUUCCAGGCAUCUUUGAAAAAGCGAACAUAAAAAAGUUGCGUGCUACAGGAAAUAUAAAAAUUGUUGUUCAUCAAAGAGAAUCUGGAAAUAAUAAUGGCGUUGAAAGAGGCAAGAAAGAAGCAUGGUCAGCACCAGAUAGAAAUGGUUUUAGCAAAACUAGUGUUAAUGGCAAGACAACAAAAUCAUCUCCCUUAGCCAAUGGUAAUGGUAAACUCCAGACUGUAACAGCUGAUACCUUAGAUGGUGGUCUCUGUAAAGAGAAUGGUCAUAGUAAGAAAGAGACUUCUGACCACAAGGAGUUGCUCAACGGUAACGUGGAAUCCUCAACUACUAACUCAAGCUUGAAGAGAAAAUCACCGGAUUCAUGUAUUCUGCCAUCUGAAGAUGUUAACUCUUCGGGGAAAAUGGAAGUAUUGAAGAAAGAACUGAUUAAAGAAGCUUCAUCAGUGCUGCGAUCAUGUGGUUGGACAGAUAAUGUCUAUGCCCUCAUGCGAUCUAAGAAAAGGUUACGUACACAAGGAGACAGUAAUGGAACAUCAGAUUUUGAUGAGGAAAAGAGGCUAUUAAUUGCAGAUGCCAAACCAACAUUUAUUUCACAAAUUCCUGAAUCAUUGAAGAGUAGUCUUAUUGGACACCUGAGGUCUUUUCACCAGGAAAACACAUAACCAGUUCUUGAGCACUUGUCUGCGGUCGUUGCUAGUGAUGGGAUUGUACUACCAUUUUAUAUAUAGAUGAUAAUUUUACUGUUGGCGAUAUCUUUGGCUGACAAAUAGCUAGGGAAUAUCAUGCAUGUGAGAUUCAAAAGGAGGUGGAGGUGGCAGGGGGAGCAGAGGUGAAUUUCAAUUUGUUUAGCUCUUUUUCUAUUAAUUACUUUGGUACUGAAUGAGUCAAAGAUGAGAAGAAAUGGCAGAGUUUGUAAUGUUCAAAAUUUCUGUCUGAGACGAUGCGGUAUGGUGCUGUGGUGAUGGAGGACGGCGCAAUUGCAAUUCAUUCUGUAUGAUAUACUUUUUUGACUAUUUUAGUUUAGCAUACUGUUUUGGUUGUAUGGUUUCCUAACAAUUUUCCAUAUAAAUAUGGGCGCGGAUGUAUUGAUGGAUCUAAAGUUGAGUUCCGUUGCUAGAUAGAGGUGAUAUUGAAAUCGUUUAGAAGCAGCAGUACUUGUACCAUUCAUUUCCCAUAAAUCAUAAUUUAGCUGUUUUCUCUGGUG